AUGGAAAACGCGAAGAGGCAAAAAUCCGUUCAACGCGCGUUAUUCACGAAGUGUCUCAAUACAUUUGUUGCCAAAUGCAAUAACGCUACCGCUACCGCCGAUGAGAGAAGUGUCGCGUUACAGUUGCUUGAAACAAGAAUGCAAGAGUUGGAAGUCACGAACUCGAAGUACGUGGAUUUGUUAUCAGAUUCUACGGCGGAGGACGACGAUAUUGUAAAAGAGAUUGAGGCACACGAUGAAUACAAGAAAAAGUUUUUAGAAGCUAAAGUGAAAUAUUUGCGCGAAAUUUGUGCAACACGUCCACCGACAAGUGACGCGGGUGCAAAUAAUCAAGCAGUACAGAACUACGAUAAACCAUACAAACGACCUACACUUGAUGUACCAAAAUACCCAGGAGGAGUUGAUAAGUGGCUCCAAUUUUGGUCAUUUUUUCGAAAAUAUCAUGAAGACGUGAAUCUUUCCAAGGAAGUGAAACUUGAGUAUUUGAAAGGAAUGAUGCAACCAGGUUCAAAGGCAUUUGGUAUUGUCGAUGGAUACCCGACAACAGCACAGAAUUACGAUCUAGCAUUUGAAAGUCUCAAGAGUCGCUACGGACGAGACGAUUUAUUGAUCGAGUUCUAUACUAGAGAACUGUUGACUUUAACAAUACAAAACGCCACUAGAAAGAAAGAAGACCAAUUAGAUGUUGCAUCGAUUUACGACAAGUUGUCAGCUCGUAUUCGUGCUCUUGAUACAUUAGGUGUUAAAACAGACAAUUGCGCGACGAUGUUAUACCCGCUCGUGGAAUCUUCACUGCCCGAGGAAGUUCUUAGAACGUGGCAACGCUUCCCGUUGAGUACAGCAACAGACAACGACAACAACACGCGAGGAGCUCCGGUUUCCGACCGUUUGACGAAGUUAUUAGAAUUUUUAAAAAUUGAGGUUACCAACGAAGAGAGAAUCAACUUAGCCAUCAACCAUUUCGCUGUAUCAUCGGAGGAGAAGCAAGAAAAGCCAAAAGAGGGUAAGCAGAAAGAAAGCAAGGUGACGUCAUCGAAGGAAGUAGCUACUGCUAGCGCAUUAUUUUCAAGCGAGCGUAAAAGUAUGAAAUGCAUAUUUUGCGGUGAAAAUCACGAUAAUUCGAGUUGCGAGAAUGCGAGAAAAAUUUCGUUUGAUGUUAGGAAAAAAGCAAUCAAAGAAAAUAAUUGUUGUUUCAAAUGUUUAAUACCGAAUCAUCGCUCGAGUAAAUGCAAAGUGAAGAUAACGUGCGCAUGGUGCGGUAAUCGUCAUUCUAUUCUCGUUUGCCCGGAUUUGAACAAAGAGUCGAAUAGCGAGAAGCCGCAGAAGAGUGACACAUCCGAGAAAAGCGAGCGUCCGGAGCAAAAUCUCGCAAGUUUUUGUAGUUCACCUGACGUUUAUUUACAAACACUGCGCGUCGUAUUAUAUUCGGAGACGAAACAAAAAGUUGCACGCGUAGUUAUCGAUCAAGGCUCGCAGAGGUCGUAUAUACGUUUCGAUGUUGCUAAGUUGUUAGGCUAUGAAUCUAUUGGUAAACGUGAGGUGACUCAUGCAUUGUUUGGAGGCGCGAACUCGAGCACUCGAGAACAUGACAUUUAUCUAAUUCGAAUGAAAAGUCUUGAAAAUAAUUAUGCUUGCAAUUUUCAAGUUAUGGACGAAAAAGUUAUUUGUUCAGAUAUUCCACGAAUUUCUCGCGCUAAUUGGAUCGACGAAUUAAAAACAAACAAUAUUUUUCUCUCUGACUUGGAAACAAACUCUACAUAUAGUAAUGAUUUGAUUGAUGUUUUGAUUGGCGCAGAUGUCGCAGGAAAACUUUUUACUGGUAAUAAGUAUGAUUUACGGAACGGGUUGACGGCUUUCGAAUCAAAUUUAGGAUGGGUUGUUAUGGGUAAAGUUCCAAGUAGUGAGAGAAAGGAUUGUGCUUUGAAUGCUAUAUCGAUGUUCGUGAGCGAAGCAAAAGUAUCUGACCUGUGGAAUUUAGACGUUUUAGGGAUAAAAGAUCCGAUUGAAAAGAACGACGAGCUUGAGCGAGAACAUAUGAUCAAAGAAAAUUUUAUCAAGACUGUUUGUUUUAAAAACGAUCGGUACAGUGUCGAUUUACCUUGGGUCGAUGACCACGCACCAGUCUGUACUAAUUUAGAUUUGUGUAAAAGUAGAUUGGAUAGCACUGUGAAAAAACUUCAUAAGAAUAAUUUGUACAAGGAAUAUGAUAAAGUUUUGAUGGAAUGGCUCGACCAGGGCAUCAUCGAACCUGUACCAAACAAUGAACUAGAUGAUUUCUCUCACUGUUUGGCUCACCGCCCAGUUAUAAAACCAGGUAGUACUACGCCAGUUCGGCCCGUCUUCGAUGCUUCCUCCAGCGAAAAAGGGUUUCCCGCUUUGAAUAAAUGUUUAGAAAAGGGACCAAAUUUAAUAGAAUUAAUUCCGGACGCCUUGUUAAGAUUUCGUGAAAAUGAAAUUGGAGUGAUCGCGGAUAUACGUAAAGCCUUCUUACAAAUCGGGAUCAAUGAAAAAGAUCGAAAUUAUCUACGCUUUCUAUGGUUUUUGAAUGAUCAGUUGACAAUUUUUCGGCAUAGAUGUGUAGUGUUCGGCCUCACAUGUAGUCCGUUUUUAUUGAUGGCUGUAAUAGAAUAUCACUUGUCCCACACGAUACACGAACGUUUUCCAAAUUUAUGGUCGAAAGAAAAUAUUGACAAAUUAGCGAAAUCUUUUUAUGUUGACAAUUGCGUCACGAGUGCCCGAACAACGGAUGAAUUAAAUUCUUUUAUCAACGAAGCUAAAGAGAUUAUGGCAAAAGGAGGAUUUGAACUAAGAGGGUGGGAGUAUACGAAUGACGGUGCUGAAAAAGAAAUUACUCAAGUACUCGGUAUUUUAUUUAAUAAGUCUCGCGAUACUUUGUUGAUCAACCCUUCUUUAUUCAGCGAAUACAACGAUGAAAUAACCAAACGUAUCAUUCUCUCAGCAGCACAUAAAGUGUUCGAUCCAAUCGGUUUUACUUCUCCAGUAACAUUGAUGCCAAAGUUGAUAUUGAAAAAGUUGUGUGAAUCGAAAGUCGAUUGGGAUACACAAGUCGACGAUCAAACAAAAGAGGAAUUUUUAUCAUGGCAUGAGCAAUUAAUUUACUUAAGCAAAAUAGAAAUACCAAGAAAGCUUGGAUCGGGUAGAGUAUCGUUACAUACUUUUGCGGACGCAAGUAAGACAGCGUACGGCGCUGUGACGUAUUUACGCAUCGAGACUGAGAACGGUGUCGAAAUUCGCUUGCUCGCCGCAAAAGCAAGAGUCGCGCCGAAAAAUGCAACUAUACCUCGACUUGAACUCUUAGCUGCGUCAAUCGCUGUCCGUCAGACUGCGGAGAUAUUAAAAAUUUUGAGUUAUGAAGAUAUUGAUGUUUUCGUUUGGUUUGACUCAAUGGUUGUUUUAGCAUGGAUACUUCGAGAUAAACAGUGGGGCACGUUUGUGUGGAAUCGCAUACGAGAAAUUCGUCGAUUAUCGUUAUCGUAUAAGUUUCGGUAUGUACCAGGUACAAAAAAUCCAGCUGACCUUCCGUCACGCGGAUGUCAAGCUAAACAGUUGCUCGAAUCGCGUUGGUGGGAGGGGCCGCCGUGGUUACGCGAGUCUCCGGAAAACUGGCCGAAUUCGAGUGGUGAAACUGACGAGGACGAGGUAAGCAGGGAGAUGAAAAAAUCAGCGCAAAUAGCAAUGUCAUGUGGAGAAAUCGAUUUUAGUAUUAUAGAUAAAUUUUCAUCUUAUCAAAAAUUGAUAAAGUUUUUUACGAUCAUGCUUAGAUUUAAGGAUUUUCUUGUGAACAAGAAAUCCAUACAACGCAAAUAUGUAACCUACAGAGAAGUAUAUAAUGUAGAAAGAAAAUUUUUAAUUUGCAUACAACAACAAAUGUUUUUACCGAAGAACGAUCCUAAAUUGACAACAUUACAGACUUUCAUACAUACUGAUGGCUUAAUAAGAUUAAAAACAAGAAUAAGUGAACGAAAUGAUAAAUUUCCUUUUUUGUAUCCAAUUCUUUUGAAUAAUAAUCAUCGAUGUGUUGAGUUAAUCAUUAUGGAAGAGCAUGAAAAAAUGUGUCACGCAGGUGUACAAGCAGUAAUGUGCCAAUUAAGAGAUCGAUAUUGGAUUUUGUCCAUGCGAAAAACUGUACGAAAAGUUAUUUCCAAAUGCGUUGUUUGCAAACGUUUCUCCGCUAAGCCGAUGCAAGCCGAUUCACCACCUUUACAGCUCAAACGUGUUAAAGAUAGUGAUCCGUUCGAAACAGUAGGAAUUGAUUUUGCAGGGCCGUUGUUUUUAAAUGGGCAGCAAAAAGGCUGGAUCUGUUUGUUUACAUGCGCGGUAUAUCGAGCAGUGCAUUUGGAAUUAGUCACGUCUUUAUCGACUAAAACAUUUUUAUGGGCAUUACGUCGUUUCAUUAAUCGGCAAAGACGCCCAACUGAUAUUUAUUGCGAUAACGGGACCAAUUUUGUCGGAGCUGAUAAUGCUUUGAAAAAAUUAAAUUGGGACGUGAUUAAUUCCUACAGCACAGCGCAGAGAAUAACAUGGAAUUUUAACCCACCCUCGGCACCAUGGUGGGGAGGCUGGUGGGAAAGAUUAGUAGGUAUGGUCAAAGUCAUUUUGCGUAAAGUACUUGGAAGACGAUGUAUCUCCUAUGAAGAAAUGUAUACCAUUCUGAGCGAUUGCGAAAGCACGAUCAAUGCACGUCCUUUGACGUACGUCUCCGACGCGGUUGAUGACUUGGUACCACUGACACCGGGAAUGUUUCUUCGAAACAACAAAACUUAUGAAAAUCCUGAUUUGGAUAUACUCAAUAAGAUUGAUUUAAACUUCAGUUACAAGCAAAAGCAAGAAAUUAUGGAGCACUUGCGUCAGCGUUUUCGUAAAGAGUAUUUAGGGCAAUUGAUACUAAAAAGUAAUAGUAUGAAAAGCUUUCAGCCUCUUAAAAUCGGUGACGUUGUUUUAAUCGGCGAUGAUAAUAAAAAGCGUAUCGAUUGGCCUUUAGCUAAAAUUGAAAAAUUAAUUCAAGGCCGCGACGGUAUAGCUCGCGUUGCUGUGUUGAAAACGAAAGAUGGGGUUUUAAAACGUCCGUUACAACGCAUUUAUCCAUUAGAAAUUAGUUGCGAUGAUAAAGAUGAAGCGAAUGAAUUUCGUGAAAGACAAAAAUCUGUCAGCGCGGAAGCUAACCAGAAGAAAGUUCAACUCGAACAAGUAGAAAGUACUGUCAAAACUAAAAGCGGGCGGAUUGUCAAAAAACCUUGUUAUUAUAAAUGA